CGGUGUAAAUCCUCGACUCCCAUUCAAAGCAGCAGUCAGCAGUUUGUCUUCCUGCUGCUUCACAUGCACCUCAGACUCAUUCACCUUCUCAGCUCAUAGUAGUCCCCGGCUCCACCGUGUAGAGAGCAUCGUCGUCUUUGUUGAAAGAUAAUUGGUUUAUGGAGCUAUUUUUUGGUUUUGGUUGUGGUCAGUAGUUUUGUCAGCACACCGGGGGCUUGUUUCUGCUCUCAGGGCUGUUUAUUUAUCAGUUAGGCAGAUCCAUCGUUAUGGCGUCCACUCUGGCUCCUGUGAUGGCAGAAAGCAGGCCGGCGUUCUCCAUUGAGCGGAUUCUUGGUUUGGAGCUGGAAAGACCUGGAAACUGCCUGAAACUCCACCGGCCCUGGGCAGAGAUGGGAGCGGAGAAGGAGAACAGGGGAAACAGUCUGUGCUCCAAACAACAACAAUGUUGUCAACAACAGCAACAGCACCGUCAUCAUCAGCCCCAGCAGCCCAACUCGCCCAGGCCGACAUCAAACUGGUACAUCGGACGCAGACCGCGCACCGCCUUCACCAACAGCCAGGUGAAUGUGCUGGAGACGUGUUUCAGGUGAACCCUUAUCCAGGGAUCAGCUGAGGGAGCAGCUGGCAGGGAGGCUGUACCUGACGAGGACAGAAUACAGAUCUGGUUUCAGAAUCGGCGGGCCAAGCUGAGGCGUUCCCUCAGAGAAACCCGUCUGCAGCUGGUUCAGACAGCCGUAGCUGACGGGGUCAUAGGUCAACUGAAGGCAGAGGGGGGCGGGCGAGGCGACCUGGAGCUCGCCCAGCGGCUCGCCUCUCGCAUGCAGCUCGAGGUGGAGGAAGAGGAGGAGUGAUGCUGGUGAACUCGCCCUGUUUCUGGACGCCUGGAUUGUUUCUAUUUGUUUCUACCAGCUCCUGUCUCUACUCUUUUGU